UAGCUAUGCGCAAAAUUAAAUGGGUAUAGAACUGUCUCAAGGAUAUCUUUUCGGUUGCUCUGUAUAGAUUUGGUCUAUAUAAAAAUUUUAUCUCCUUUGAGAAUAAGUCCGAAGAAAGCGCGGUCGAUUUUUGUUGAUAUCUCAUCGAGUUCCAAUAAGUAGUUUUCAUUUUAUUUGUGGAAGUCAGAACGUUUUAUUUCAAUGAAAUCGAAAUAUGUAUCUAAAUAAAUUAAACUUGACGCAUUUUUAACACAUAACAUAUGAAUCGAAGUGUUUUGGUACGAGUUUUCGAAUUUCUAUCAAAAAAGGAAAUUUGAAAAUUGUACCAAAUACUUCUAUUCACAUGUUAUGUGUUAAAAAUGCGUCAAGUCUGAUUUAUUUAGAUACAUACUUCGAUUUCAUAGAAAAAAAACGUUCUGGCUUUAGCAAAUAAAAUGAAAACUACUCAUUGGAACUAAUCAAAAGUUGAGAGGAAAAAAAAAGUAUCCGCAGAAAAAUCGAAUAGAGUAAUGAAAGAACAGUGAAUAAUUGUAAAAAUGAUAUUGAUUAACAUAAGAAUUGAUGCUCUAUCUCACUUGCAAUCGUAUUAUUUACAGAAAUGUUCAGCAGCCAAAUUGAUACUAAUUGCAAUCCAUCAUAUCAUUGUUAAUUGAUUUGAUAAGAGAAACUCUAAUUUCAAUAAGAAUAAUGUGAUAGAUUGAAAUUAGUAUCAAUUUGGCUACCGAACAUUUCUAUAAAUAAUUCGGUAACAAUUGAGAUAGAACAUUAGUUCUCACGUUAACCAACAUUCUUCACAUAUUAUUCACUAGUCUAUCAUUUCUCAAUUCGAUUUUUUUGUGUAUAUAUUCUUUUUUGUUGUCUCUACUCUUCGUUUUUUAUUCUUCUCUUUUUUGUUAUUAUUUUCGUUCCUUCGUUAUUUUCUUUUCUUGUCACUUCGUCUUAUCUUAUGGUUUCAUCAAUUCAAAGUUCUACAUCCGCAUUGAGAGCGGGAUAUACUGAGGAAGAAAAUAACUAUAUUCGUUCCAUCUUAGCAAAGACUCCAUAUCCAACUUCAGAUCAGUACAACAAGAUGUCGAAGGAAAUGGGCAAGCCGAUUAAAGUGUUAAGAGUAAGCAAAGUUUGUAUUCGUGACGGUUUUCCGAUAUUCUUCUUUGUUUUCAGCUUAAAGUUACCUACAUGCGGCAAAAGGAAAAGUGCGCGAAACAAUCUGCCCGGCAUUCACGCUUCUCGCUAACCAUCAACAGCAACAUCUCUUCUCAGACGAAGUCUUUGGCGAACAUUUUCCUCAAUUUUAUUAGUAUCGAGGAGGCUGGCGCUUUCAAGACUCAAAUACUUUCAUCUCCACCACAUUUACGAUUAAUCAAUGAUAGACAUCUAGCUGAUAUUCUAAGGGAAGGUCGAUUAUCUACAUUGGCAGGUAUUGGACCUUAUCACAGUACAUCUAUCUGCGAGUGGAUGACUUAUAUUUUGGAGAAAGGUACUAGUGAAGCGUUAACAAAUCAUAGUAAAGCUCUUGGAAAAUUGCCUGAUUUCGGUUCAUUGGCGAUGUCAAAAUGUGUUUUAGCUGCAUUAAAAGAUUGUAAUUGUGGAGCUGAUCUUAUUUCUCUUUCAUCAAUUUUAAGUGUUUUAAAUACAACAACUUUAUUAAAAUCAAUUCCACAGAAUUAUAAAAGUCCAGAUGGGGAUUUUAUGACAUUAUUAAAUGUCAUGGAAGAAAUUUUAGUUGUUAAACAAUCAGUUCCAACUAAAGAAUUUAGUUUAGAUCGUAUUUGUCAAGCAAAAGGUUUAAGUAAUAUAAAACAUAUUCUUCGACAAGCAUUAAGACGUUAUAAUAGUUUAGAAAAAUCAUUUAAUUUAUCAGAAUUAAUUGCCAGAUCAUCAUUAUCUGAUUAUUAUGAUAAUGUAUUUGUAUCAGCGAAAGAAUUAUUUGAACGAACUCAUCUUUAUAUUCAAUAUAAUGGUUCAACUGAAGACAAUAUUGCUGAAUUAGAUUCACAAUCUGUUUUAGCUAGAUCAACAAAUAAAAUUCCUCCAGCUUUAGUUUUAGCACGAGAUAUUCGUUAUUCAACAUCAAUUCGUUCUAAAGCAAUUCUUUCAUUAGUCGAAACAAUUAAACCUGAAUGGGUUGAGCAUCCAAUAAAACGUCAAUUAAAAAUUAAUAAUGAAGAAGAAGUACGUCUCAAUAGUAAUAAUAUAAUAUUUAAGUUCAGCAUGGAAUAUACUUAG